AUGCCUCGGUCGGUCGAACAAUCUUCAAUAACCCAGUCGGCAGGCGUGACCCGAUGCUCUCGCGUCGUCGGAUCGUCGCCACCGUCUCCUCCGCGUCGCCUACACCGACAUGGACGACCGGCAGUAUGCCGGACUGACCAAGGCAGGCUUGGGCGUGCUGGCCUUCAACUCGGGCCUCGCCAUCUACAACUCCUGGGGCGACGCGAGCUCCGUCGCGUUCGUGCUCUCCGCGGACUCCAUCCUCGUGCUGCUCUUCCUCUGCCUCCGUGAGCUGGAGCUGCAGGGGCGGGGGGCCGCCGGCAGGGGCAGGGAUGUCGGGAUCAUCAGAGCCGCGGUGUGGACGCUGACGACGCUGCUCUCGGCCAUGUUCGCGUCUAGGGUGGCGCCGCUGAUGCCGCCCGUCGUCGGCGCGCUCGUCUGGGCGACGGCUGUGGCCACUGCCGCCGGCGGCUUCUGGGCGGUCUUCCUCAGCUGAAUGUUUAGGCUUAGUUCGACGAGAGAGUGAUCCUGUGCGUGCUACUAGCUAGUUUGUUACCAUAUUUGCACUUUUGUAUGCAGAAGAUAUUUUGUAUGUUGUUUUCUGCAUUAAGACGGUCUCCAGUUGAUCUUUUGUAUGCAGAAGAUAUUUUGUA